AUGGCGGCGGUAUUAGAUGUAUCAUCUAAUAAGCUCCGCUCGGAUAAGGAGUGCGUAGAAACACACUGCAGUCCUUGUGGUAGAGAAAACAGGAAGGUAGAUGCUACAAAAUUCUGUACUGAAUGUGACGAACAUUUGUGCGAGAAAUGUGUGCACGAUCACAAGAAAUUCGUGGUGACCAAGACACACAGAAUUACAGCUAAACAAAAACCGCCUAGUACACCAAGACAAAAACUGACAGACAGAUGUACGCACCAUGAAGGGAAGACAAUCGAGUUGUUUUGUGGCGACCACGACGAGCUGUGCUGUAGUGUUUGUGUUGCCGUCGGCCACAGAGCUUGUAAAGAUGUCAUAUAUAUACCCCAGGCGGCCGCCGGCGUCGAGAGCAGCAUGGAACUACUCGAGGUCAAAGAAUCUAUACGAAAGAUAAAAGCUGACGUUGACACUCUCCGAAACCAACGCGAGGAGAAUCAAAAUCACGUGCAACAGCAGAAAGAGGACAUCAUUAACGCCAUCUUGGACAUGCGCAUUAGAAUCACGGAUAUCCUGGACAAGUUAGAACAUACUGCCAGGCAUGAACUUCAGGAAAAGUAUGACGUCGUAAUAACGAAGAUAGAUGAUGACGUCAAGACGUGUGAAGACGUCUCUGAUACUCUUGGUGGUCUUACCGCAAAGAUAGAGACAACAACAAACAAUGAACCAGAACUGUUUGUUACGCUAAAGAAAGCCAAAAAGAGUGUACAGGAAGGAAAGGCUGUCGUACAGAACAUUUCUAAGAACUUAGGGAAGGAAAGGUUACUGUUUAUGGCGGACAGAAAUCUGGAGAACUUGUUGAAUAGCAUGAAGACGCUUGGUGAUUUUGGGGAAGACACACACAAUUACAAAGCGCAGUUUGAGGGCGAAUACAACAUCAGCUUAUCAUCAGAUCAUGGUACGAGUGAGGAUAACACAGGUUCUGUAUGUCUACCCGACGGCAAGAUAAUUCUUACCAGCACGCAUCAUAAAAGGCUCAAACUUCUGACCGCUAAUUUCCGCGUGAUUGACCAUGUUGACCUUCCCGGCAAACCUUACGCUGUAUGUUUAGCUAGUCCUGCAGAAGCGAUCACCAGUCUUAGAGAAGAGAAACAACUUCAGUUUAUCACAGUAGAUAAGAAACUAAAAGUGUCACGACUGAUGAAAAUUGGCGUGUCAUGUUAUGGUGUUGCAUGCAAUAAUGGAGAAAUAUUUGUCGCGUGUAUUGGUGGCCAAUACGAAAAUAGACCGCAGCUGAGGGUGUACAAUAUGUCUGGGCGUCUACUGCGGGUAUUUGAAAGGGAUCCCGAGGGUAUUCCAAUAUUUUCUUCCCCGAGAAAUCUAGAGAUAAGCCCCGACGGCACAAUGAUUCAUAUAACAGACAGAGAAUCUGGCGUUAUAACGAUGGGCUUGUAUGGUAAAAUCCUGUCUAAGUACAAACGCCCCGAUUUAGAAUCUCCAAGAGGCAUUGCCGUCGACCCCGACGGUAAUAUUUUUGUUUGUGGUCAGAAUUCACACAAUGUAAUACAGUUGAAUGCCGCAGGCGAGGAGGCUGGUGUAGUGAUAAAAGACCGCACGCGGUUUUACAGACCACAGUCUGUAUGUUUCAUACAGAAAGGACCACGAUCUUGGAUACUUGUUACAUUUCUGAAAUCCAAGUUUGUUAAACUCUAUGCACUAGCAUAAAUAACACGAAGUACAAACUGAUAAAUUGUCUGAAGAACACUAUUAUUAAGCUACAUAUUUUAUUUCAAAUUAAACCUGGCCAAAACGUGGUUUGUAUGGUGACACUUCAAAGUUUUUAUUAUUCAUUUAUA